AUGGCAGCAUCCGAAGAGAAGACGGAGCCGAAAUCUAUACACGUUUCCGACCCAGCACUCGCACCCUUCCUCCACACGCACUUCGAUCCCGCCGAGUACCUCAACACUACGCUUCCUUCGCUGGCGCUCUCGUCCGUCUCCUCCAGACCGCUCAAGUCGGGCAAUGCCGUCUCGUUAGCAGACCUCUCGUCCCAGACACAAGACCUCCUCUCACAGCUCAAUGCGCACACAACCCGUCUCUCCGCAAUCUUGACGCAGUUAACCGAUGACAUACUGCGCAGCGGAGGACGUUUGGCCUACGAGGUCGAGGUGCUAAGGGGAGAGACGAUAGGCUUCGCCGAAACCCUGACAGACGGGCUGAAGAGCGAUAUCGACAAGUUCCUGCCCGGCGGCAUCUCGUUGCCACUCGAGCACACAGACGAAGAGGCCAAGAGCCCCAUUGCAGCAACACACGCUGUACAAGAUGGAGAAUCACAACCAGCAACCACCUCGCAAGAGGUACAAGAAGAUCCCACCCCAGAGUACAUCUCUGACCUCCGCACCCUCACCACCGUCCGCUCGCGCCUCGAAACCGUAAUCAAAGUCUUCGGCGAAGCCAUGCACUGGACCAUACCCCCUUCCGACGUCUCGCUUGGAGCCUCACUGAUCAGCGUAUCCGCCCCAGAGCCAGGCACCGACCACGCAUCUCGCGAACAAAAAGGCAAAGAAUUCGCCGCAUCGCUGCGUUCCGAAAUCGCCGACCUGAUCACGGGCGACCCAGAAAACGGCAUCGAAAAGGCCGAGAUCAGAAUACUAGCGCUGCGAGAUCUAGCGCAGGUCUGGAAGGGCACUGCAGAAGAGAAGGCUCGGACGAAAUUUGUCGACGGGCUGAUCAAGCUGGCCGAGGACAAGCAACGGGAGAUUGAGAAGGAAAAGGAGAGGAGUAAAGAGCGAGGACAGCAGAGACCGGGCAGGACUGGCAGUGUGCCCAAGCCGCAGCAACAGCCUCAACCGCAAAGAAGUGGUGGCUUCCUGGAGAAUCUGCAGAGGAUACGCGGGUUUGUGGAACAGGAAAUGCAGUGA